AUGGUGACCAAGGCAGCGGCCGUGUCACACUCAUUAUCGUCAUCAUGGACGUCCAUUAGCAAGUGGAUCGCGAACAUAAGCAUAAACCAAGCCCCGGUUCAGAGUGCUCGUCUCCGGCAGUCGAGUACGGCACGGCUAUAUCAUGCCGCUGUGUGGCCCUCCUACGGCAUCACCACUCCCAUUCCCGAUCAGCCAUACGAUUUCCCCAAAUCGCCCAAACAACCCUUUCGAUUCGAGACUGGCUACGCCUUAUGCGCCAAACGACCUCCACGACCCUUCCCCCCACCUUUCCUUUCUCCACCUUCUUCAUCCUUCUCGGAUCCUUUGACGACACACGGACUAAGCCAGGAUAAGAGAUUAUCCGUGAAGGGAGAGCUAGUCCGCGGCCUGAACAACGGAGACGAUGCCAUCAUCGUCGCGGAGAACUUCAUAGGCGUUGAUGAUGGCGUAGGCGCCUGGGCUACGAAACCUCGUGGUCAUGCUGCACUCUGGUCUAGACUCCUGUUGCACUUCUGGGCCCUCGAGGUCGAAAAGAAUGUCAACAACUGUACGUCUACCCUCGACCCGGUCGGAUACCUGCAGUAUGCAUACGAGGAGACCCUACGGGCAACUACAUCUCCUACCGAGUGGCUUGGCACGACGACUUCGGCCACUGCCAUACUACACUCGAUCAAGGGACAAGACGGUACACAGAAGCCAUUGCUGUAUGUUACAAACCUGGGCGAUUGCAAGAUUCUCGUAAUUAGACCCAGCGAGGACAAAGUCCUUUUCCGUACAGCCGAACAGUGGCAUUGGUUCGAUUGUCCCAUGCAGCUUGGCACAAACAGUAUCGACACACCCCGGAAAGAUGCAGUCUUAUCCAAAAUUGUCGUGCAGGAAGACGACAUUGUCCUGGCCCUCUCGGAUGGCGUCAUGGAUAACCUCUGGGAGCAUGAGGUCCUGAAAGUUGUUAUGGAUAGCGUCGCCAAAUGGGAGGAAGGGCGCGCAACACCAGAGAAUGUUCCGCGUCACUCUCCUCUCUCUGAUGACCGCAAUGUCUAUGUCGCCCGGGAGCUGCUUAAUGCGGCUCUGGUGAUUGCCCGGGAUCCCUUUGCAGAGAGUCCCUUCAUGGAGAAGGCAGUGGAAGAGGGCCUGGCUAUCGAAGGAGGGAAAAUGGACGAUAUCUCCGUCGUGGUCGCAUCCUGCAAGAAAAGUGAUGGAUGA